ACUACUUAUUUGUGUACAGUUGCAACCGAUAUUCUUACGUUAUUGAAUCAAAAUUCCUUUAGUUAUCUUCAAAAUAUUUGUAAACAUUAAUUGAAACUAACGUCUUUCGAUAAAAUAUUUCAACUUUACUAUAAAUUGGCUUCGAAUAAUUACGCACACUUAAACUUUGCGGACUAGUUAGUUUACAUCAGGUGGGCUUCGGUCACUAGCAACACAAGAAGGUUUCAGAAUGAGUAUCCAGUCAGCAUUAAGAUUUGAAGCAGAUAAACCUGCUAACCCUAACUUAAGGAAAGCAUUUGAAGCACAAGUAGAAAGAAUCAAAUAUGAUGAGAUUAUGGCUGACAGAGAGAAUGUGGUUCGACUCCAUAAGUACAAUGAUUUCUGGGACUCCCUGGUGAAAGAUGUGAACACUAUUGUGCUCAAAGCUGAGGGCAAGGCAGAUGCUGAUACAGAGGAGGCCUGUGACAAGGAAAAGAACGUUAACCAGCGGGCGGGUUGGAACGAGAAUUUAGAGGUGGCAAGCUGGAAGAAGCGCAUCCAGAACGAGGCUGAGUACAUCAAGUCUGAGAUAAGGAUGGCUGCCAAGGCUUCACUGGCUGUUCGGCGGGUGGCGCUCAAGCAGCAAUAUGAGCGUGAGCUGGCGCAGUGGGAGAAGGAGCUGGCGCUGCAGGGCAAAACAUUCUACAAACAACGCAUAUAGCCCGUCUACACAGACAGGAGUGUUCAUUAUGUAAUUAAAGGAUUCAGUGAUUGGAAAAUGUUUGAGAUUAGAUCAUGCUUAAUGAGCCAGUUUUAAAGAAUGAAAUACAAUAUGUACUGAGAAAAAGCAAUUGCAAUACUAGUAUAAUCUUUAGACAUACUGUGUAAAAGUACCCGACAUAAGCCAUUUGUAUUCUACUAGUUAAGCAUGGACUUGCAUUGAUUUUCAUUUUCCUAAAAAUAUCAUUUCUAAACUAUUAAUAACUGUGAUAGAAUAUUAAUAUUAAAUUAUUUUUUCAUGUUUUAUAUGUUUAUGAAUUAUAAUAAAUUUUGUUAAAUUUCA